GAAUUAGAUAUGGAGUGUUUUUUCAGACGAAAGAGAGUACUGAAAGCUCUCCUUAGUUUGUCUUUAGCUUUUGGCACUUUGUUGAUGAUCCAAAAAUUCAAGUUCGUGGAGGACAACGUUAAGGAUCAUCUGGUGGUAAAAAGCAGAGUGGCAACCGGUUGGUUCGAGGUUGAAAACGAUUUAUUCAAAACUAACUCCAUAGGCAAAGGGGCACUGGGAAACAAUUCUCCCCCUGAACUGACAGAGAAGUUGGAAGAGGUGUACGUUUCCAACGCGACCUCCGCAUCUUGGGAUGUGGAUAUCAUCAACUGCAGUGAAAAUUUGUCUGUGAAGAAAAAGGACUGGUUUCGACGACUGGAUCCCAGAUUUCACCAAUUUGUGCUCCACAGACAUUGCAGAUAUUUCCCGAUGCUAAUAAACCACCCGGAGAAGUGCCGGGACGAAGACGUGCAUUUGCUGGUGGUGGUGAAAUCUGUAAUCGAGCAACACGACAGGCGCGAGGCUGUGCGCAAGACGUGGGGCAAAGAGCAGGUAAUUGAUGGCAAAAAGAUAAAAACUCUAUUCCUUAUUGGUAGCCCUUCAACAGGCAAAGAUACCAAAAAUCUUCAAAAGCUUAUCCAAUAUGAGGACAGGAUAUAUGGCGACAUUUUACAGUGGGAUUUCAUGGACACUUUUUUCAAUCUCACUCUAAAAGAAGUAAAUUUCUUGAAGUGGUUUAAUACCUAUUGUCCCCGGGUUAAAUUUAUAUUUAAAGGGGAUGACGACGUCUUCGUGAAUACUAACAAUCUGGUGGAACUUAUUGGUUUUAAAACAGAAGAACAGAAAGUACGCAAUUUAUUUGUGGGGGACACCAUUUCCAAAGCUAUCCCCAUUAGGAACCGUCAGAGUAAGUAUUACAUUCCUAGAGAGUUAUUCGACAAACCUUACCCACCGUAUGUAGGUGGCGGUGGAUUUGUAAUGUCAUCUGAAGUAGCUCGAAGAUUAUUUACAGCUUCUGAAGACUUGGAGCUUUACCCAAUUGACGAUGUAUUUCUGGGCAUGUGUCUUCAGAGAAUACGGGUUGCCCCAGAGCUUCAUCCAGGAUUCAGGACCUUCGGCAUAAUGAAGCGCAAAGUCAGUCCUAUGAACAGUGACCCGUGUUUUUUCCGAAACCUGAUUGUAAUUCACAAGCUCAGCCCUCAAGAGUUACUCAGGAUGUGGAAUAUAGUGCACGAUAAAAACCUAAUUUGCGCCAAGAGGAUUGUUUUGUAAAAUGACUGUAAAAUUCAGUUUUUAAAAGCGAUGUGCAGGACUAGGUUCUAAUUUAGAACGUCUUGAGAACAUAACCUUACUUGUGAAAGCUUGGGGCAUAACAUCUGGAAGUCAAAGAUUCGUUAAUGCACACCCUGCCCUGAUCCCUGGGCAUUCCGUCAGGCAUUUCCAUCUGUAAGCACUGUUUGUUCUAUCGGUCUAUUGUCGGAGCCACAACUAUUAUGAAUCA